AAAUUAGUAAACGCCGUUAUUCGACAGUUAAGUACAAUGUUACGACUUGGGAAAGCACUUCUGCUAUUAGGCCGAAUUCAACUCGUAGCAUGGAUGGGUUAUUCUUAAGGAAGUAUAGCGCUUAUUUAAUUUAUGUAUUAGAUGCAAAGCGGGAGA